AGGAGCCUGGCUCUACUGGCCCACGGGACGCCUCGUUCAGUAUUUAGUCCACAGCUGGAACCUGGACCCACACAGCUCAGGAGAGCUGGAUUGCGUUCAAACACAGCCAGAGGAAGCAUCGUUGCCUGGACCCCCUGGUGAGUGCUCAGGAAAACCCGAGACAACACUGCCAUCGCCAUGGCCUGGGCACCUUUCACAGAGAGCAGCAGCUUCAUUGAGGAUGUCAUCGAGUGUCUCCAGGACAUAGUGAGCAGGGAGGAUCUGCAGCUGCUGGUAACGGAAGACGAAGCCUGGGAGACCGUCUUGGCAGAGGCAGAAUUGACCAGAGAUGAGGCUGAUGUGCUACGUGAAGCUCUAAAAGGCCUAAUUGAUGAUGUGGCCAACACAGACCAAGAGAGGCAGGAAGAAGGCCAACGGGCUAGAGAGACAUUCUUGACCUUGUUUCCUCAGCUGAAAAUGGAACUCAUGAAGGACAUAAGAAGGCUCCAUGCCCUUGCAGGCCAGGCUAACAAGGUACACUUGAACUACAUUCUCACUAAGGUGCUGGGCAUCCCCAAUGCCACUGCCUCUAACAUCUUGACCCUCCUUGACCUGGUUUUGGCAUCCUCCACAACCAGGAGCCAGCCAGCACCCUCAGAACCAGCUGACAAACAAAGAGCCAGAAGCAGUGUAACUGAAUUGCCUUCUAUCCCAGUGGCUCAUUCAAGCACAUUACCAGAUCAAGACGAAGCCAGAGACUUGAUGUCAGCCAUUGUAGAUAAGCUGACAAGGUUUACAGAGUCAGUGGGUCGCUUCCCACCCAAAGGUUUUUCCUCAACUGAAAAUUGGAACCACUUCCUGAAAGGUAUUGGAAAGAACAUCAGUGCUAUCAAGCUGGCCAGCAAUAACCUUGAGUUACUAAACAAGGUCAAAGUGGCCAUUAAGAUGGAGAAUAUCAUGGUCCAAGAUGGUGCAGAGGUGGUGCAGUCAACCUUUGGACACACUGCGAUGGCAAUAAGCAGAGAUACCAAGAUAUUUUGUACAGCCACCGGAGCUGUCUUCUUGGGGUUAGAUUUAUACAACCUUGUGCAGAACUCUGCACACUUGCAGGAGGAGGAGAAGUCAGUGCUGGGUAACGCACUACGAGAGCAGGCUCAAGAGCUGGAGAGCAUAUUGGAGCACCUCAGCCAGGCCUAUGAGCACUUGAAGCCAGAUUCAGAUGAGUGACGCCCUCUUCACACAGCAUGCAGUUCAGGGAAGAUGUGCUACACAAAGACAUAGACAGAUGGAGGCAAUGUUUUAGAGUGCCAGAGGGUGAGGUCAAGCACGCGAACCUGUGUGAAGGAGUGCAGCUUUUUUGUGACUGAACACAGCCAAAGAGGGAUGAAAGCAGAAAGCGAGCAGGUCAGAAAGAAGGCAGGAGCCAGAGUCUGAAACAACUGAUGGGAGAGGACUGGUGAGUGGAGGGGAUGGGAGGAAAUAGUUUAGUUUGGAUUAAAGAAUACACGGGGAGUUACCCAGAGGCAGUACAGGGGGUAUGAUCAGAAGUACAGGAGAGGGAAAGAGGGUGAUGCCACCAUCUUGAAAUGCCACCAUCAUGCUUCCCCUAGACUCCGGGAAGAGCACCUGUGUCACACAGGCCUUAACCUAUCUCUGCCCAUUUUCCACACUGGACCAGAUGGCCCAUUAUGAACACAGGGUUGUUGAUGCCCCUGCUGCCAAUUCCAUGGCAAACCUUGAAGAAAUUCUUCCCAUAAACAGACCAAUUUUUUUUUAAAGCAAAGCAGAUUACAAAUGUCUGGAAAGGCUGACAGAAUGAACACCAGCAUAUGAACCCACAUUUACACAUUAAUAGUUUCUGGCCCAGUCAUCCAAUCUCUACAAAUGGAAAAUAAUCUCAAAUACAGGCAAAGUUUCAUACCCCAGGAAAAUGUUCAUUGCGCUACUACUUACAUGAAGAAUUUGGAGAAAACCUAAGUUCCAACAGUUGGGGUGGACAGCAGAGGGGACUUGGCAGCCCAUGGCAAACCCACGCACAGUGCCAGGUGGGACUCCAGGCCUUCAUGACAUGAUCUUGCAGAAGCAAGCAGGAACAGGAAGGCUUUGGAAACAAUAGAGGAAAGGAGCUUCAAUAAAUUUACUAAGACAGAAACUUAGGCAAGGUGUACAAUACAUAGGGUGUGGAACAAAAGGAGUCAUUAACAAAAAACAUGCAUACAUGAGUAAAUAUCUUUGUGCUUUUAAGAAAGCAGAGCACGGUCAUCAGAAACAUGGGAUUUGGAUAGAAGGACUUGGGGUGAAGUCUUGAUAUCAACACCUCUGGGAAAACUUAGGGACAUUACCUGAGGUGGGGAGAUUCACGGUCCUCACCUCAUGGAGUGUGUGAUCAUGAAAUGGGAGUACAUGGAAGAUGCCUG